AUGGCUGGUGGGGUUCGUGUGGGCAGUGAAACAAGUGCGAGAAUUUCCCCGUUUGCGGUUUUGGGUGAGGCAAAGCUGCUUGAAGCUGUUGAACCAAGGUCUGGUCGUGUCUGGCGAGAUCCGGAGGCGGGGAUUGGGAGUGGAAUGGAAGAAAAGGGUAGCCAAAAACGGGGGCUUGUGAAAAGAGCUGCAGGAGCGACCGGCUACCACACAGCUAACCUUGGUCUGCUGCAGGGACCCCCACAGCUUGCCAAUCGGGUAACUGCGAUCGUCUUCAACUCAACACUUUGGGACACUCGAGAACACGGAACGGAAGGUGCGGCCCAAGGUGCGGCCCACGAGGGUCAGACCCGGUCGCAAGACUUUGCGGCAGAUUGA